CAAGCCCCCAAACUAGAGGGGACACUUCCAGGGAGCAGCCGGCGGGCGGCGCUGAAAGCGGUUCCGAAGACGGCGGCAAGUCGCGUCCGAGCUGCGCCGAACGGAACGUCGUAGUGCGGGCGGGCUCGUUAAUUAAGCGAGCGCCACCGGCUGGGACGUGCCCGUCUUUUUCCUGCUCUCCCUUCCGGAGCUCGGCUCGCGACAACCAGCGUCGGACACUCCGAAGCCGCCGCCGGCCAGGACCAGCGAGGACUACUUCGGCGGGGGGCAUGCCGGGCUCCGUGUCAGUCACGGAACGAGCACCUGCGCCGGGUGCCGGCGAGAAGGCAGCCAUGUCCGGCCCCGGAUCAGCGCUGCUCCUGGCGGGCGUCAUCGACCCGUCGGUUCCCAUUCGAGACAUUAAAACCAAAUUUGCGGUUCUCGGCGGUCUCGUGCGAGCUGGAGAGGUCAGCAAUAGGGACAUAGUGGAGACUGUGCUCAAUUUGUUGGUGGCCGGCGAGUUCGACUUGGAGAGCAACUUCAUCAUUCAAGAUGCCGACGGCAUCGGCUGCCUGCCGGCUCUGCUGGAGCACUGCGACGUCACCUGCCAGGCGGAGAUCUGGAGCAUUCUCACCGCCAUGCUUCGCAAGAGCGUGCGCAACCUGCACAUGAGCGCCGAGGUGGAACUCAUCCAGAAGCUGCUACUGCGCAUGAGCGGCGUUGACGACAUGAUUGCAGACUUGCUGGUGGACAUGCUGGGCGUGCUGGCCAGCUACAGCAUCACGGUACAUGAGGUGAAGCUCCUUUUCAGCAUGCUACAAGGGGAAGGCGGCCUUUGGCCCAGACAUGCGGUCAAAAUGCUGGCGGUUCUCAACCAGAUGCCCCAGAGACACGGACCCGACGCCUUUUUCAACUUCCCUGGGCGCAGUGCUGCUGCCAUCGCUUUACCUCCCAUCGCUAAGUGGCCCUACCAGAACGGUUUCACCUUCAACACCUGGUUCCGAAUGGAUCCCUUAAACAACAUCAACGUGGACAAGGACAAGCCCUAUCUCUACUGCUUCCGCACCAGCAAAGGUAUCGGCUACUCUGCGCAUUUUGUCGGCAACUGCCUGAUCGUCACAUCCCUGAAAUCCAAAGGGAAAGGUUUCCAGCACUGCGUGAAAUAUGAUUUCCAGCCCAGGAAGUGGUACAUGAUCAGCAUCGUCCACGUCUACAGCCGCUGGAGGAACAGCGAGAUCCGAUGCUACGUCAACGGCCAACUGGUGUCUUACGGAGACAUGGCCUGGCAUGUCAACACCAAUGAUAGUUUUGAGAAGUGCUUCCUGGGCUCCUCGGAGACAGCGGACGCCAACAGAGUCUUCUGCGGGCAGCUGGGUGCCGUCUACGUGUUCGGCGAAGCUUUGAAUCCGGCGCAGAUCUUCGCCAUCCAUCAGCUCGGUCCGGGCUAUAAGAGCACAUUCAAGUUCAAGUCUGAGAGCGACAUCCACCUGGCGGAGCAUCACAAGCAAGUGUUGUAUGACGGCAAGCUGGCGAGCGCCAUCGCCUUCGCUUACAACGCCAAGGCCACCGACGCGCAGCUCUGUCUGGAGUCUUCGCCCAAGGAAAACACCUCCAUCUUUGUGCACUCCCCCCAUGCGCUCAUGCUUCAGGAUGUGAAAGCCACGGUGACUCACUCCGUUCACCGGGCCGUCCACUCCAUCGGCGGCAUCCAGGUUCUCUUCCCCCUGUUUGCUCAGCUGGACUACCAGCAGCUGAACGACAGCCAAGUGGAGACCACCGUAUGCGCGACCCUGCUGGCCUUUCUGGUGGAGUUGCUGAAGAGCUCGGUCGCCAUGCAAGAGCAGAUGCUUGGCGGCAAGGGUUUUCUGGUCAUUGGCUACCUGCUUGAAAAGUCGUCCCGGGCGCACAUCAGUAGGUCCGUGCUGGAGCAGUUCCUCUCCUUUGCCAAGUAUCUGGACGGCCUGCCGUACGGGGCGCCGCUACUCAAGCAGCUUUGCGACCACAUCCUGUUCAACGCCGCCAUCUGGAUCCAUACGCCCGCCAAGAUCCAGCUCUCCUUGUACACGUACCUCUCAUCGGAAUUCAUCAGCACGGCGACAAUCUACAGCACCGUCCGACGGGGCGGCACGGUGCUCCAGCUCAUGCACGCGCUCAAGUACUACUACUGGGCCGUCAACCCGGCCGACGGCAGCGCCAUCGUCCCAAAGGGUCUCGAUGGUCCAAGGCCGACCCAGAAAGAAAUCAUCUCUCUGCGGGCCUUCAUGCUUCUCUUUCUCAAGCAACUCAUCUUGAAGGACCGAGGUGUGAAGGAGGACGAGCUGCAGAGCAUCCUCGACUAUUUGUUAACAAUGCAUGAGGAUGAGAACCUGCGCGACGUGUUGCAGCUGGUGGUGGCCCUCAUGUCCGAGCACCCGGCCUCCAUGAUCCCCGCUUUUGAUCAGAGGAACGGAAUACGGGUCAUCUACAAACUUAUGGCAUCCAAAUGUGAAAGCAUUCAAGUGCAGUCUCUCAAAGUCCUCGCAUAUUUCCUCAAGCAUUUGGGACACAAGAGAAAGGUGGAGAUCAUGCACACCCAGAGCCUCUUCACCCUCCUCGGCGAAAAGCUGCUGAUGCAUGCCGGCGUCAUGACGGUCACCACCUACAAUGCGCUGUACGAGAUUCUGACGGAGCAGGUGUGCACGCAGGUGGUUCACAAGCCACACGCCGAGCCCGACUCCACCGUCAAGAUUCAGAACCCAAUGAUCCUCAAAGUGAUAGCGACCCUAUUAAAGAACUCGGCCCCCGGCGCCGAGCUGAUGGAAAUCCGUCGCCUCUUCCUCUCCGACAUGAUCAAACUGUUCAGCAGCAGCCGAGAGAACAGACGGUGUCUGCUUCAGUGCUCCGUGUGGCAGGACUGGAUGUUUUCUCUGGGUUACAUCAACCCCAAAACCCCAGACGAGCACAAAAUCACCGAGAUGGUGUACAACAUCUUCCGGAUCCUGCUGUAUCACGCCAUUAAGCACGAGUGGGGCGGCUGGCGUGUGUGGGUGGACACGCUCUCCAUUGCCCACUCCAAGGUAACAUACGAGGCACAUAAGGAGUAUCUGGCCAAGAUGUAUGAGGAAUACCAGCGUCAAGAAGAGGAAAACAUCAAGAAAGGGAAGAAAGGUUCAGUCAGCACCAUCUCGGGUCUGUCGGCUCAGGCGGCCGGCAUCGCGAGCUCGGCGGGGAUCGGAGAAAUGGACGGCAGCUCCCAGUCGCCGGGCAGCGACGGCGCCGACUCGCGAAACCCGCUGGCCGAAGGGCGAACGGCGGAGGAGAGCGCGGCGCUAGACGGCGUCGAAGCCGAAGUUCAGCACCUCCUGGUGGACAUCAAGGCCGAAAAGGUGGAGGCCACAGAGGUCAAGAUGGACGACAUGGACUCGCUGAUGGAGGUGGACUCGCUGCUGGAUGACGUUUACUGCGCCGUGAUGCUGCCAAAGAGCAAUACUGCAGACCAGCAGAUUUCAGCCCCCCUCAUCUCGCUUGACGACGACAAAGACGUCGUCCCUCGGGGCAACCCUUUCUUGUUCUGCAAGGUGAAGGAGGCCUUGUUGUCUGACUUGAAUCCAGCUCCAUCUUCACAACCUCCACCCGGCAGUGAUGUGGCCCUUCUCGGCACCUCCGACUUUUCCUCCUUACCCGGGAUCAUGGAAAAGGAUGAAUUUGAACUCCAGGGCAUCAAGUCUGUGGAGGCGACCUCAAAUUCAGACGUAAGACGGGGAAGUAUUGUGGCGCCCCCUAAGGGUGACCUUUCCGCUGUCGGGAGCAGGAGCGACAAGCCCUCGGGAACAGAAAAUGCAGAGGAGGGCAGUCGGGAGAUGAAGAUUCAGACCACUGCGACCACACAGAGCCUCAACGGCCGGUUGGGCGCCGCGGCGGACAGCGACGACUUCCGGCCCGGCGGCGCCCUGACGGACGAGGACCAGCAGCAGCGACGUCAGUUCAGCCCGGGCCCCCGCACCACCAUGUUCCGCAUCCCGGAGUUCAAAUGGUCGGCCCUGCAUCAGAGGCUGCUGGCCGACCUGCUGUUUGCGCUGGAGAGCGACGUGCACGUCUGGAAGAGCCACUCAACCAAAUCCGUCAUGGACUUUGUCAACAGCAGCGAGAACAUCAUCUUCGUCCACAACACCAUCCACCUCAUCUCGCAGAUGGUGGACAACAUCAUCAUCGCCUGCGGAGGAAUCCUGCCUCUGCUCUCUGCGGCCACCUCUCCUUCUGUGGAGACCAUCGAGGCGACGCAAGGCAUGUCCUCGGAGACCGCCAUCACGUUCCUGUCCCGCUUGAUGGUGUUGGUGGACGUGCUGGUCUUCUCCAGCUCGCUCAACUUCAGCGAGAUCGAAGCGGAGAAGAACAUGUCGUCCGGCGGCCUCAUGCGUCAGUGCCUGAGACUCGUGUGCUGCAUGGCUGUGAGGAGCUGUCUCGAGUGCAGGCAGAGGCACGGCGAUCGCGGGAACAAACCGUGCGCUCUCAACAACAACAAGUGCCAGGACGUGGCGCCAAACGCCGUGAUUCCCAGCAAGCUUUGGAGCACGUUCGAAAGUGUUUCGGGUAACCCGUCUCCCAUCAAGGACCCCGAUCGCCUCCUGCAGGAUGUGGACAUCAACCGCCUGCGUGCUGUGGUCUUCCGUGACGUAGAUGACAGCAAGCAAGCACAGUUCCUGGCUCUGGCGGUGGUCUACUUCAUCUCGGUUCUCAUGGUGUCCAAGUACCGUGACAUUCUGGAGCCUCAGCGUGAGACGGGCCGGACUGGUGCCAAGUCGGGCCAGUGCGCCCACCGUCAUCACAACGCCGACUCACCUUCCUCCGCAGAAAGAGGGCAGACAUUCGGGGGCCGUCCGGACCAGAGUUCACCUUCGGAGGAGCAAGCCGUUCACCUCCGUGAGCCGAGCGUCGCGGCCCAGCGGGUCGUCAGCGUCGUCGACGGCUCCAACCGCAGCGCCGGCAAUGCCGGCGAGCUUUUCCCUGAGCCUCCGCCGCCGACGUCCUCCUCGGGCCUCAACGUCAAGGAGAUCCUCAAGAGUCUGGUGGCCUCCCCUGCGGAGGGCGUGGAGGCGGGGCUAGAACCGGUGUCCUGCCCUGAUCUCGUAGCCAAGGUCCAGACCACUCUGCCCAUGCAGUUUCACUCCUUUGACAGGAGCGUGGUGGUGCCCGUCAAGAAGCCCCCCCAAGGAGGUCUCGCCGUCACUACGGCGGGGGGCAGUCCUUCGUCCUGCCCCGUGACACCCAACGUCUUUGCGACUGCUUCGGCCACGCCCAAAAGCAUGAUCAACACCAUGGGAGGAGUCGAUGGCAGCGUCGCUUGCGCGGCCUCCGCGGCGCCGUCGUCUUCGGCUCUCGUGAACGGCGCCACCAGUAAGAAUCUUCCAGCUGUGCAGACACUGGCGCCCAUGCCUGAAGACACUCUCGAGAACAUGAGCAUCACGUCAAAACUGGAGAGAGCUUUGGAGAAGGUGGCCCCCCUGCUGAGGGAGAUCUUUGUGGACUUUGCGCCCUUCCUGUCGCGCACCCUGCUGGGCAGCCACGGACAGGAACUGCUCAUCGAAGGGCUCGUGUGCAUGAAGUCGAGCACGUCAGUGGUGGAGCUCGUUAUGCUGCUUUGUUCUCAAGAGUGGCAGAACUCCAUACAAAAGAACGCCGGCUUGGCCUUUAUUGAGCUCAUCAAUGAAGGAAGGUUGCUGUGUCACGCCAUGAAGGACCACAUUGUCCGCGUGGCCAACGAGGCCGAGUUCAUCCUGAACAGACAGCGAGCCGAAGACGUCCACAAACACGCUGAGUUUGAGACCAACUGCGGUCAAUACGCUGCCGAGAGGCGAGAGGAAGAGAAGAUGUGCGACCACCUGAUCGGCGCCGCCAAGCAUCGGGACCACGUGACGGCCAAUCAGCUGCGGCAGAAGAUCGUCAACAUCCUCACCAACAAACACGGCGCCUGGGGGACGCUGGGCCAGAGGCCGCCUCACGACUUUUGGCGUCUGGACUACUGGGAGGACGACUUGCGGCGGAGGCGGCGAUUCGUCAGGAACCCACUGGGCUCAACCCACUUGGACGUGUCGUGCAAAAGCCUGCAGGACUACGUAACAGAAGAGGACGAGCUGGUCAAGUUGAAGACUUUGGUCUUCCCCGGCCAAAGUGUUCUGAGCCAGAGCCCCGAAACGGAGCUGAUCCUGGAGGGAGACGACGACUCUGUUGGCCUGCUGCAGGAAAAGGAAGUGGACAACUUGGGUGGCCCGGUGGUGCUGAGCAGCCCGGCCCAGCUGGUCGCUCCCGGCCUGGUGGUCCGGGGGACCCUCUCCAUCAGCACCAGCGAGAUUUACUUCGAGGUGGACGAGGAGGACCCCGCCUUUAAGAGGCUCAGCCCCAAGGUCUUGGCCUACACGGAAGGUCUGCACGGGAAGUGGAUGUUCAGCGAGAUCCGGGCCAUCUUCUCCAGGCGUCACUUGCUGCAGAACACCGCCAUGGAGGUCUUCAUGGCCAAUAGAACAUCCGUCCUUUUCAACUUCCUCGACCAGGCGACGGUGAAGAAAGCUGUCCACAGUCUUCCUCGAGUCGGGGUGGGGACCAGCUACGGUCUUCCUCAAGACAGGCGGAUCUCGCUGGCCAGCCCUCGGCAGCUCUUCAAGUCCUCCAACAUGACGCAGCGCUGGCAGAGGAGGGAAAUCUCCAACUUUGAGUACCUCAUGUUCCUCAACACCAUCGCAGGCAGGACCUACAAUGACCUGAACCAGUACCCGCUCUUUCCCUGGGUGCUGGCCAGCUAUGACUCACAAGAGCUAGAUCUCACCCUGCCUGCCAACUUUAGAGAUCUCUCCAAGCCAGUCGGCGCACUCAACCCCAAGCGUGCCGCUUUCUUCGCCGAGCGCUUCGAGUCGUGGGCGGACGACCAGACGCCGCCGUGCCAUUAUCGCCGCUACUGCUCCACCGCUGCCUCCGCGCUGCACUGGCUCAUCAGGAUGGAGCCGUUCACCACCUUGUUCCUCAGCGCCAACAACGACCGAUUCGACCACCCGGACCGAAUCUUUUCCUCCGUGGCCCGCUCAUGGAGGAACUGUCAGCGGGACACCUCUGACGUCAACGAGCUGAUCCCCGAGUUCUUCUACCUGCCGGAGAUGCUGGUCAACGCUAACGGCUACCAUCUGGGCAUGCGGGAGGACCGCGCCAUGGUGGGCGACGUGGACUUGCCGGUCUGGGCCAAGACCCCCGAAGACUUUGUGAGGAUCAACAGAAUGGCGCUGGAGAGCGAGUUUGUGUCGUGUCAGCUGCAUCAGUGGAUUGACCUCGUUUUCGGCUACAAGCAGCGCGGCCCCGAGGCGGUGCGCGCCCUCAACGUCUUUCACCACCUGACCUACGAGGGCGCCGUUAGCCCGGACGGCAUCGCUGACCCUUUGACCAGAGAGGCCACCGAGGCGCAGAUCCGGAGCGUUGGACAGACGCCAUCUCACUUGCUCAUCGAGCCGCAUCCUCCACGCAGCUCCGCCAUGCACCUGAGCCCUCUGAUGUUCAAGGACCAGCUGCAGCAGGACGUCAUCAUGGUGCUAAAGUUCCCGUCCAACUCGCCGGUGACGCACGUCGCCGCCAACACGCUGCCGCACCUCGCCUUGCCGGCCGUGGUCACCGUCACGUGCAGCCGCCUCUUCGCCGUCAACCGAUGGCACAACACGGUCGGACUGAGGGGAGCUCCAGGAUACUCCCUGGAGCAGGCUCAUCAUCUCCCGAUCGAGAUGGACCCUCUGAUCGCAAACAGCGCCGCGAGCAGCAAGCGUCAGAUCACAGACUUAGUGGACCAGAGCAUCCGGAUCAGCACGCAGUGCUUUGUGGUGACAGCUGACAACCGCUACAUCCUGGUGUGCGGCUUCUGGGACAAGAGCUUCCGCGUGUACUCCUCGGAGACAGGAAAGCUGACCCAGAUCGUAUUCGGCCAUUGGGACGUGGUGACCUGCCUGGCCCGGUCCGAGUCGUACAUCGGGGGCGACUGCUACAUUGUGUCCGGCUCCAGAGACGCCACUCUUCUUCUGUGGUACUGGAGCGGCAGGCAUCACAUAAUCGGAGACAACCCUGUCAACAGCGACUACCCGGCACCGCGAGCCGUCCUCACGGGUCACGAGCAGGAAGUGGCGUGCGUAGCGGUCUGCGCCGAGCUGGGGCUGGUCAUAAGCGGGGCCCAAGAUGGUCCGUGUCUGGUGCACACCAUCACGGGCGACCUGCUGCGAGCGCUGGAGGCUCCCGAGCGCUGGAGGCGGCCCCGCCUGAUCUCGGUGUCCAGCGAGGGCCACUGCAUCAUCUACUAUGAGCGUGGACGCUUCUGCAACUUCAGCAUCAACGGCAAGCUGUUGGCCCGCAUGGAGCUGGAUGACAGCAGCAGGGCCAUCCUGCUGAGCAGCGACGGGCACAAUCUGGUGACGGGCGGUGACAACGGGGUGGUGCGAGUGUGGCAGGCGUGCAGCCUCAAGCCGCUGUACGUGUACCCGGCCUGCGACGCCGCCAUCAGAGCCAUGGACCUGUCACAUGACCAAAGGACUCUGAUCACCGGGAUGGCUUCGGGAAGCAUCGUAGCGUUCAACAUCGACUUCAACCGCUGGCAUUACGAGCACCAACACAGGUACUGAGAGACAACUGCGGGGGACGCCACCGAGACGAGGCGUCGCGUCCGGCGCCGAACCCGGCCGCUUCGGGCCGCGUUCACCAUUGAGCCGCAUUUCUGCUGAUUUGACGUCAAGACUGAGUUCCAGCAACCAAACCAGAACUUGUAAAUAUGCACCAAAUGUUUCUGAGACUUGCUACAAUAUUCGUACAAAGCAGUUACAACCCAUAAUGGACUUAAAGGAAAAACAUGUAGAUUUGUAUGAUUAUUUUUUUUUCUAACAUUGCAAAGUUGGAAAAUGUCAUUAAUGUCUAAUUUGUGCAUUUUGAACAUCCAGGCAGUCACACGGGACCGGACCGUUUUACGGUUUGCGUGCAAGUGGAACACGUGGCCCAAACAAAUACCACUAAAUGAGGGAGAAGUACUAAGUGGGCGGUGCCACCAAAUUACACAGUUCUGAGGUCCCGUGUUCAAUCCCAGCCCCACCUGUGUUGAGUUUGCAUGUUCUCCCGGUGCCUGUGUGGGUUUUCUCCAGGCACUCCGGUUUCCUCCCACAUCCCAAAAACAUGCAACAUUAUUUAGACACUCUAAAUUGCCCCUAGGUGUGAUUGUGAGUGUGACUGUUGUCUGUCUCCGUGUGCCCUGCGAUUGGCUAGCAACCAGUUCUGGGUGGACCCCGCCGCCUGCCCGUUGACAGCUGUUAUAGGAUCCAGCACUCCCCGCAACCCUUGUGAGGAUUAGCGGCAAAGAAAAUGGAUGGAUUUACAAGAGGGAAGAAAAAAAAUCAACUUUAUUAGGUGUUUUCCCCCACUUCUCUUAAACUCUCCAUUGUUUGAAA